GGCAUCAAACCGAAGACAGAGGCAGCAUUCGCGUGUCCUGCUCCUCAGUGGCCGAUUCCUUUCUGUAUCGUCUUGGUUGUACAGUACCGGUUAGACAACCACGCAGUGGCCAAGUGCUAGUGAACUCACCUGGGCAACAUCCGACUGCUUGUUUUUAAGGUGAUACACGGGAAACUGGUCUUGGGUCAUGUUCGGCUGAGGCUUGAAUCUUCCUUGAUGUUUUGGAAAUGACCGGAGGUGGUACCAACAUGGCGUACCACGGUCUCAGCCAGCACGUGAACUUCGACGUGAUACCCGACCCCGAAGACCGUUUCGUCCUAGAGGAACUGAUCGGCGAAGGUACCUACGGAGAAGUUUACAGCGCACACGACAACGAAACCGGCAACAAAGUCGCGAUUAAAAUCCUGGAGAACGUGGCGGACAAUAUAGAAGAGAUCGAAGAGGAGUAUCUGGUGUUAAGGGACCUCAGCCAUCAUCCAAACAUCCCACAGUUUCACGGUUUAUUUCUGAAGAGAGCGAAACCAGCUCAGGAAGAGGAUCAAUUAUGGUUCGUCAUGGAGCUGUGCGCGGGAGGAUCGGUGACCGAUCUCGUCCAAGGUCUAAAGAAGAAAGGAAAACGUUUAACGGACGAACAAAUAGCCUACAUCCUUCGGGAAACAGUGGAGGCGUUAGUUUAUUUGCAUAGCAAUCACUGCAUGCACCGUGACGUUAAGGGACAUAAUAUUCUGCUUAACGAGGAUGCACAUGUGAAGUUGGUUGACUUUGGAGUUUCUUCGCAUCUCGUUGCGACGCUUGCUAGGAAAAAUACAUCUGUUGGUACACCGUAUUGGAUGGCGCCUGAGGUAAUCGCGUGCGAGCAACAACUGGACUCCUCCUACGAUUCCCGCUGCGACGUCUGGUCGGUCGGGAUCACCGCUAUCGAGUUAGCAGAAGGGGAUCCUCCGCUAUCCGACCUGCAUCCGAUGAGGGCGCUCUUUCAAAUCCCCAGAAAUCCCCCACCAGCUCUGAAAAAUCCCGACAUACACUGUCCAGAGUUGGUGGACUUCGUAACCGAGUGUUUGGUGAAAGAUCUCGAGUAUCGACCGUUCGCCAGCGAAUUGAAGGAGCAUCCUCUGUUGACCAGCGUCGAACCGAACGUCGAGAAGGUCAGAAACGAGCUUCGAGAGGAGAUUUGUCGACAGAGGACCGACGGUAGGGUUCACACGCAACCGGAAGUGACGACCAAACAUGGGAAACUGAAGACGGACCGAAAGACGAGGCCGGAGAAGAUGUACAUGGAUGAUCUGGCUGCUUUGGAUACGCUCUCAGAGGACGCCAUUGUUGAUCAGCUGCAGCAUCGAUAUGAACAGGCGCAGAUAUAUACUUAUAUAGGAGAUAUACUCGUGGCUGUUAACCCUUUUACGAACUUGGGAUUGUACACUGGCAUUGAACAAAAGAGAUACAAGGGUCAAGCAAGAUCAGACAACCCGCCCCACAUAUUCGCGGUCGCGGACGCAGCCUAUCAGGCGUUGUUGCACCAACGACAGAACCAAGCGAUCGUGAUUAGCGGCGAAUCAGGUGCCGGAAAAACGGAGAGCGCUAAUUUGUUGCUGAAGCAAUUAGUAUACCUAAGCAAGGCGCCAAACCGUAACCUGGAAGAAAGGAUCCUGCAAAUUAACCCGAUAAUGGAGGCGUUCGGUAACGCGACCACUGGAAUAAAUGCAAACUCGUCGAGGUUCGGGAAGUAUUUGGACUUGACGAUGACGAAAGGCGGGAAAGUGACGGGUGCUAGGAUUUCCGUUUAUUUGUUGGAGCAAUCUAGAGUCGUGGCUCAAGCUGAGGGCGAACGCAACUUUCACAUAUUUUACUACAUGUACGACGGCCUGGAGGCGGAUGAUCGUUUAUCAGAGUUCUAUCUAGAUCCGAACCUCCGAAAGCAACAUAGAUAUCUCGCUGAUCAGAAUCAGACGUCGCAGACGCAUAUCGAUAAAUUCCAACAGUUGAAGGCAGGAUUUAAGUUACUCGGAUUUCAGGACACCGAGGUGAACACGAUAUAUCGCAUUCUGGCCGCGAUUCUUCAUUUGGGGGACAUCGAGUUUGGAGAAGUGGCGAGCGAAGAUAAUACUGAUAACAAGAGCAGAGUUAUUGACACUGCUCCGCUGCAUAGAGUGUCACAGCUCCUCGGUGUGGAAGAAAACGAUCUCCUAGAAGCACUGACAUCGAACUCCGUAAUGACCCGAGGUGAAACAAUCACGCGAAACAACACGGUAGCAGAGGCCUGUGCAGCGAGAGACGCCAUGGCGAAAGGAUUAUAUGGUCGAUUGUUCGACUGGAUGGUCAAUCAAAUCAACUGUCUGCUAUGUUUCAAUAGAUCGCCUAACUACGAGCCAUUAGCGAUCGGUCUCCUCGACAUUUUUGGCUUCGAGAAUUUCCCGAGGAACUCGUUCGAACAACUCUGUAUCAAUAUAGCUAACGAACAGAUACAGUAUUACUUUAAUCAACAUAUAUUCACGUGGGAGCAGCAGGAAUAUAUGGCUGAAGGAAUUCCAGUGGAUUUGGUCGAGUUUUCGGAUAAUAGACCUGUUUUGGAUAUGCUGCUGAGUAAACCGAUGGGGCUUUUGGCUUUGUUGGAUGAAGAGAGCAGGUUCCCGAGAGCUACUAAUAAAUCACUGAUAGAGAAGUUCCACAGUAACAUCAAAUCAAAAUUCUACGUGCGCCCAAAAUCGGACGCAGUGUGCUUCGCCGUCCACCACUUCGCAGGCCGCGUGGUCUACCAAGCGGAAGGAUUCCUAGAAAAGAACAGAAACUUCCUCCCUCCGGAAGUCAUCCAACUGGUGAGACAAUCUCAGUACGACAUGGUUCGUUUCCUGUUCCAAUGUCCGAUCACAAAGACCGGCAAUCUGUAUUCGGCCGUUCACGAGACCGACUCAAAGAAACUGUCGCAAUCGAAUCAGAACACGAAGGAACGUUAUUCGAGCCGUGGACUGGCGUCUCAAUCGAGGGCCCAGCAAACAGUCGCUACGUACUUCCGAUACUCGCUUAUGGACCUGCUUCAGAAAAUGGUGUCAGGUUCUCCGCAAUUCGUGCGUUGCAUCAAACCCAACGAUUCCAAGAGCCCGCAAUUUUUCGAUAAGGAAAAGGUCGUGAAGCAGUUGAGAUACACGGGGGUUCUGGAGACCAUCAGGAUUAGGCAGAACGGGUUCUCUCAUAGAAUACCCUUCAACGAAUUUUUGAAGAGAUACUGUUUCCUAGCGUUCGGCUUUGACGAACGAGUAAUAGCGAACCGCGACAACUGUCGUCUCCUCCUGAUCCGCCUGAAAAUGGACGGCUGGGCGCUGGGCAGAACGAAAGUCUUCCUCAAGUACUACCACGUGGAGUUUCUAUCAAAAAUGUACGAAGAGCAGCUCCGAAAGAUCAUUAUGGUGCAGGCGUGCGUUCGUCGAUGGCUGGCGAAGAUCCGAUUCAGGAAACAAAAAUGGCAGUUCGCGGUGUCGGUUGUUACCUUACAGCGACACAUACGUGGAUGGCUGUCGAGGAAACAUUUGCUGGAGGAGAUGAAGAAGAAGCAGGAGGAGGAGGAGGCUAUGGCUUGUCAAAGAGCGAAAGAAGAGCGAGAGAAAGCUGCUGCUGAGGAACCAGAAAAGGAAAAUGAAGAUGAAGCUGAGAAGGAGGGACUGAAGGAGGAUGAUGCUGCGGUCAUCAUUCAAAGCCAUUUCAGAGGCUACACUAUACGCAAGCGUUUCGGAGCGGAGCACGAGGAACGUUUCAAGAAUAUCUUGAACAACUACGACGACAAAGUCGAGGCGCAUAAAGCGCUGCUGAGAGAGGGCUUGAAGAACGAAGAUGCUGAAAUGAUCGUUGAACGAUGGUACAAAAAGGAAGAAACGGAUCAAACGAGAAAACCACCCGCAAAAGACACCGUGCAUCCCAAGCUGAGACAAGCGGAUCUCAUACAGUUCUCUCAGAACGUCCACAUGAAGAACCAAGAGGUGCACAAGAACCUACGUCGCAACAAACCCGGAAUACGAGUGAACGACAUCGAGGAACCACCCCCCGACUACGUGAAACCCGAAGGAUUCAACAUGGUGCAACCCAUCAUGCAAUACCGAAGCGGAGACCAAGCGGACGGAGAGGAGACCGUGAAGUAUUAUCGUGACCUCAAGGACGAGAUGAGCAGGAGUCGAAUGGGCCAAGUUCUGGAAGUAAACGCCGAGAGGAGGGAGCGUCUGGAAGCUCAGGGCGACUUUUCGAUAACCCCGGAGCAACAUCUCUCGGAUAUAUGGCACAAAGCACUGAGAAAUCCGAGGGAGAAUCAAGAACAAGAGAACUGUGGCAGGCCGAGUACAAGGACUAAUCACGUGUCUAACAACAAGCUGCGGCCCGCUGAGGGCAAUCCGCGCCGUAGGCAACAUCCAGUCGACUCUUCGAAUAUCAACAAUCCAAACGGCAUACGAUCCAGAUACAUCCUCAGAUACGGUGACGUUAAUGAGCGCCAGUCGAACCAACGUAACCCCGUGAACGGUCACCAAAACGGAUUCGGUCAUCAAAAUGGAUUACCUAACCAUCCGUUCAAUUUGAACAAUCAUCACCUGAAUGGGCGGGAUUCUAGUCGUCCAACUGAACCUUCAACGAACAAAAUCAACGUGCCAGGCUAUCGAAACUUCACGGGUUGCCAGAACGGUUUAUUUAUUAACAAAAUGGUUGUCAAGGACGAGUUGAUCAAACCGUCGAGAUUAAACAAUAGGAGUAAUUCGAAUGAUAGAACAAGGGAAUUGCAGCCGGCCAAAGGAGUCGAGCUAAAGAACCGAGCAGAAGAUAGGAUAAAUAAUCGACUCAAUUCUCAGAAUGUUAUUAAUCGACUGGCUAGGAAAGAGCCAACCGAUCUGAGACAAGUGCUGCGACCAACCGUGAUUCAGAAACCGGAGAUCUUCAAAGUGGAUUACGAUCCUGAAGACAUCAACGGACCUUAUAAUUUUAGACAACUGCUCAGACCAGCUGAGUACCUUCCCACUGAAUCUUUGAGGAAACGUAAAGGGGGAAUUGCUUGCAACGGGGUUUCCGUGGCGAAGGACAAGCUUCCGGAGAAGCAUGUGAAGAGGAGGGCGCCCUCUGCGCCUAAUCAGAAUAAAAUCGUUCAUGGGAAAAAGUAAUUGAAACUGUUUUGAAGAUAGUUAUGGAGCAUUGAGUUCUGGUAGAGUCUUUUUGAGAAACGUGGAUUUGUAGGGAAACAUAGCACAGAAUGCAGGCAAUCAGUUCGGGGAGAAUUUCGUGUACGAAGAUACUUGCAAAAAUUGAGGAUAUCAGGUAUUUGAGUGUUUUCUAAAUUUUUUGGACUUUGGGGAUCCGAAUUUUUGGAUUUAGGAAUUUUGGAAUGAUUGAAAUUUGAAAUGUUUAAGUUUUGAGAUUCUCAAAUUAACUGAAUUUCCUGCUCUCAAGUCUCUACAUUACCAAAUCACUAAGUCCCUAAAUCCCUAAAUUCCUAGGAUCCCAAAUUCUCAAAAUUUCACAAAUUUCACGA